GCGAUUUCGAACGAAGAAAAAGUUUGACGUUUGUAACCACAGUCCCUGAAAGCCACAUGACACAACAACGAAGAUGGCCUGUUGUGGAAACUGUUUUUGUUGCCAAUGUUGCUGCAGAGAAGGAGAGACGCGGACACCCGAGGAACUGACAAUCCUUGGGGAAAUCCGAGAUGAAGAAGAUGAGAUUCUGCCUAGGAAAGACUAUGAGAGCUUGGAUUAUGACUGCUGCAUCAGUGAGCCCUAUGUGGAGAUCCUGGAGGGGAUGGACAACAGGAAAGCCAAAAAGUAUGAAGCGAUGCGGUGGAUGAUGAUGUUUGCUAUUGGAGUCACAGUGGGUCUGGUGGGCCUGUUUGUGGAUUUCUUUGUGCGCCUCUUGAGCAAAAUCAAAUUCACUCUGGUUGGCGAUUCUAUAGAGAAGUGCAGUGAUAAAGGCUGUCUCCCUCUGUCUCUGCUGGAGCUCCUGGCUUUCAACAUGACCUUUGUCUUCAUUGCCAGUGUGCUAGUCCUCAUCGAGCCAGUAGCUGCAGGUUCGGGAAUCCCAGAAAUCAAAAGUUACUUGAAUGGAGUAAAGAUUCCAAGAAUUGUCCGGCUGCGAACUUUUCUCUGCAAAGCUGCUGGAGUCCUGUUCAGUGUGGCUGGAGGUCUGUUUGUGGGGAAAGAAGGUCCAAUGAUACACAGUGGAGCCAUUGUGGGAGCUGGUCUUCCUCAGUUUCAGAGCAUCACUUUCAAGAGGAUCAAAUUCGAUUUUCCAUACUUCCGCAGUGACCGGGACAAGCGAGACUUUGUGUCAGCGGGUGCUGCGGCUGGAGUAGCUGCUGCCUUUGGUGCUCCUAUAGGUGGCAUACUCUUCAGUCUGGAGGAGGGGUCCUCGUUCUGGAACCAGGCCCUCACUUGGAAAGUGCUCUUCUGUUCCAUGUCGGCCACUUUCACCCUCAACUUCUUCCGAUCUGGGAUCAACUUCAAUAAGUGGGGCUCCUUCCAACUGCCUGGUCUGCUCAACUUUGGAGAAUUCAAGUGUUCAGAUGGAGAUAAGAACUGCCACCUGUGGACAGCAGUGGACCUGGCUUUCUUUGUCCUGAUGGGGAUGGUGGGUGGCCUGCUGGGGGCGCUCUUCAACUACAUGAACAAGAGCCUGGCCAAGUACCGCAUCAGACACAUUCAUCCAAAGGCCAAGUUUAUCAGAGUUCUAGAGAGUCUGCUGCUUGCCAUGGUGACAACAGUGGUGAUAUUUGCAGCUUCCAUACUGUUGGGUGAAUGUUGUGACCUGUCCUCCCCUACAACCCAUAACACCACACUGUCUGGCAGCGAGGAUAUCAACUCAACCAUUCGCCAGUUCUUCUGCACCAACAAGACCUACAAUGACAUGGCCACAUUGUUCUUCAACCCACAGGAGGCUGCCAUCCACCAGCUCUUCCACCAGGAUGGUACCUUCAGCCCUGUGACUCUGUCAGUGUUCUUCCUGCUGUACUUCCUGUUGGCCUGCUGGACCUACGGUGUGUCUGUACCGAGCGGCCUCUUCGUCCCCUCGCUGCUCUGUGGGGCGGCUUUUGGGCGUCUGGUUGCCAACAUCCUCAAAGUGAAACUGGGAAUGGAUAUCUACUCCGGGACCUUUGCUCUCAUCGGAGCUGCCGCCUUCCUUGGAGGCGUGGUCAGAAUGACCAUCAGUCUGACUGUCAUCCUCAUUGAAUCCACCAAUGAAAUAACAUACGGGCUGCCCAUCAUGAUCACUCUCAUGGUUGCCAAAUGGACUGGAGAUUUUUUCAACAAGGGCAUCUAUGACAUCCACAUCCAGCUGAGAGGAGUGCCACUGCUGGAGUGGGAGACUGAGGUUGAAAUGGACAAAUUGACAGCCAGUGACAUCAUGGAGCCCAAUUUGACCUAUGUGUACCCCCACACCCGGGUCCAGUCUCUGGUCAGUAUCCUGCGCACCACAGUUUACCAUGCCUUCCCUGUGGUCACUGAAAACCGGCAGAAUGAACGGGACUUCAUGAAGGGCAACAUCCUGGUCAGCAACAACAUUCGCUUCAAGAAAUCCAGUGUUGUGUCCCGUGCGGGGGAACAGCGGCGGCGCUGCCAGUCCAUGAAGUCAUACCCAUCCAGCGAGCUGAGGAAUGUUUGUGAUGAACAGAACGCCGUAGUAGAGCCUGCAGAGGAGGGAGAGGACCUGCUGCAGCAGAUGUUAGAGAGGAGGCAUGCUCCCUACCCCAACCUGUAUCCAGAUCAGUCUCCCAGUGAGGAGUGGACCAUGGAGGAGCGCUUCAGACCACUCACCUUCCACGGCCUCAUCCUGCGUUCCCAGCUUGUCAACCUGCUCAUCAGAGGGGUCUGCUAUGCUGAAAACCAGUCGAGCGCCACCCAGCCCAGGUUGUCCUAUGCAGAGAUGACUGAAGAUUACCCACGUUACCCUGACAUCCAUGACUUGGACCUAGCCCUGCUAAACCCCCGCAUGAUAGUGGAUGUAACCCCCUACAUGAACCCAUGUCCCUACACAGUCUCGCCGAACACCCACAUCUCCCAGGUGUUUAACUUGUUCAGGACCAUGGGCCUGAGACACUUACCGGUGGUUAACGCUGUCGGAGAAAUUGUUGGAAUAAUCACAAGACAUAAUUUAACCCACGAGUUCCUUGUGGCUAAACUGCGACAGCACUGCAUCACUAUCUGACCCGACUCUGGACAUUCUGCCGUCCUUCCAGCCCAGCCUUUGUUUAGCCUGGUCCUGAGCCUUUGUCUCUGUCCAUUCCUAACAGCAUGCACACACUCUCUGUGGUACAGUUCUCCAUUAAGUGAAACUGUUCAGUUGUAUUUCACUCAAGUCUUACAUUUUCAGUUAGUGAAUUGUCAGCUCACCUCCAGCCUAGCCUAGGAUCCACCGCUUCAGUGGCAGGACUGGAAGCAUAGACUAGGUAUACUGCAACAGAACCAUAUUUGACUUUAACAUGUUGAUCUGUACAGAAAAAAAGUUUUACAUGACACAAAUAUUACCCAAACUAUCCAUAUUGAGGGCUGAUAAUUCAUUGCUGUGCAUUCAGGCUGUGAGCAGCAGGACUGAGGAGUUGCUCCCCUCUGACACAGCAACAUUACGCCAGAUUUCCACUGGAUGUGUGUCCGUUGCAGAACGACAGUGCUGGUUAUCCGCUGCGUGCUCCGCCGUCCGUCAAUACCCACCGGCUGCGUUUGUUGUGCAGUGCGGUGCAGCUCUGCCGGAAGACAUCUCAGUGCACUGCCAUGAUUAAUAUCUCCUCGUCCAUGGUGUUCACGGGGUGAAAUGACGUCUGAAAACCUUUGACCUGUUGACUUCAGGCCUGCCUCUGCCCAUUAUGUAGUUUUUAAGGUGUAGUGCAGGGAAAUAUGAUCCGCCGUCAACACUGUGUACUUUAUUUUGAAAAUUAACCGGAUGUUUUAUUGUGUCUCUGUGCACGACUUCCUGCCCCGCACGAUCUGCUCUGUGCUGAAUUGCUGCGUUGUGCUCCGACGUCCGGCAAAAAUAGAAGUCCUGCGUAUCUGUUGCGGAGGGCUCCGGAGUGCUGGAGCUGAGACGGAGCCGGUGGUGGUGGAAACACACACUUUUUUUUUCUUUUCUUUUUUUUUUUUUAGAUAUUUUUUGGGGCUUUUUAGCCUUUAAUGGAUAGGACAGACAAGCAUGAAAGGGGGAGAGAGAGAGGGAGUGACAUGCAGCAAAGGGCCACAGGCUGGAAUCGAACCCAGGCCGCUGCAGCAACAGCCUUGUACAUGGGGCGCCUGCUCUACCACUAAGCCACCAGCGCCCCGGAAACACACACAUUGACUAGAAUGGAAUCCUAUUGGCUCCGCUGCCGUGCCGGAGCACAGACACAACCAACACGCAUCUGGUGGAAAUUGGCCUUUAGAGGUUCUGACAGCAUUAAACUUCAAACAUCAGCCAUCCCAGAAAUAUUUUGGUGACUCCAAGAUUAUUAGAACUUCACUCAACUCCUCAUGCUGAAACCAGAAAAAGUUGUGCUCUCCCCGUCCAUGCACCAAAUAAUUUAGUUUUUAUCAAAUGUUAUCAUAAAUGAUCAAACUGAUAAUAAUACAAGUACCUUUCUUUUAAUAGGGUGAGCAAGAUACCUUUGCUAGCAGCAGCUCACACUAGCUUGUUGAUUGUCCCAUCAUGAAUCAUAUUCAUUUAACUCCUGCUUUAAGUUCCAUUUUCCUCCCUGCUUGUCCAGAAAAAAACUUGAUGACAACUGAAAAGAAGUAUUCAGUGACUGAAACAGGCCUGGUGCUGAGCUCACUGGCCGCUGUUUCUGCUGGUUAGAGACACAAUUUACAAAUCAGACUUUGGUAAGCAGAAUUCCUGAUGAAGAAGUCAUUUUCUUAGUCAUUGCUACGGGACUACAUCCAUCCAAAAUGCACCAGAACAAGGGCUUAAAAAUAGCAGUGAAUUUGAAUGACAUUGAUGCAGCUGUACAGGUGACUUUUACUAUCACAGCUUCUAUAACUCCACUGCAAAUGGCAUUGGUAGGGCUGAUAUUUCAAAGAUUUCAUAUUGUUCAGCAUGUUUCACCUAGUAUUAACAUAAAUUUCAGUUAUCGGAACACAAGUGAACAGCAGAGGCACAUCACCAUCAUGCAUCUCCAGCUGACCACACAUUCAGAUUUUAUUACUGCCCAUGUCACUUAUGCUAGAAGUUUAAGGACCCCACGCAAUGUUAUUAUGACCACACUUUCGCUGGCAUGCUUGCUAGUCACAUUAGCAAUUGUAACGGUACAGCUUAAGAUAUUGCUGUGAGCAGAAUUCAACACGUCUACUUCCAUAGUCCAAAACCAUGGAUGGUCACGCAACACUUUGUCCACCUUGUCAUAAAAUAAGUACAUUAAAGAGCAUUAGCACGCUGUCUCCAAAACAACUGAGACAUGUAUACUUGCAUCCACAUUGCAUUUGCAGCCUACACGACAAGCCCCUACAACGCCCACCUCCAGUCCAAGACAACUGUCACCAACGUGACGGUUAAUUGAACCAUGAUACAACGUGACACUGAAGUGAAUAAAUAUGAGGCCAAAUGUAGCAAUAAUUUUUAUUAUUUAUUAUGCAUGAAUAUGUGAUCACCUUAAGCCCAAUUCAGACCAAAAUUUGUGAUUGAAAACAGGCAACAGUUUGCAAUGCGCCGUUCUGCUGUGUUCUAAAAACCUGUCGGUUCACACCAGUGCAUCUGGAUGAGACGGUGUAUCAUCUCUAUGCAACAACUCUCUGUACUCCGGCUCUGAUUUCCAGCUUUGCAGGCUUAUUUUGUGGCUGAAUAUAAUUUGUAGCUUAUUAAAAUAUGAAUUAAAAUAGCGAUACUAAGAUACUGGCUACAGUUACAUUUGUAGUAGUGAUGAAACAGCAAAAAACAGAAACAAAAUGAGCAUCAGAUGGAUUGUUUUCAUAAUCAGUACGCCACAAUAAUAAUAAUAAUAUUACACAAUAAUAACCAGCACCAAUUAAUCAUUCAAUGAGAAUGUGUGUGUGGGCAGGGCAUAAGCACAUACAGUAGGCAGCAGCAGUGACCCACCAUCCAACACCAGCACACCUUGAGGAUGGAACAGAGGGCUCAGCGGGGACGGAGCACCCUCUGCAGCAAGCAAAAAUGCUGUCUGCGGCUAUUUUGACCUGACCGGAUUUCUAUUGCACACUCCAGUCCGCGGGAGCUGGGAAGUACAAAAUAGCGCUUUUUCAAGGGUGGCGACGCUGGAAAAAUAGGACAAUAGCGUAAAGUGCUGUGGCGCAGCACAUCAACGCGCGUCGAGCCACCGCUGGUGUGGGUUUGUAAAUAGAAAAUGGGGGCAGCUGUUUUGAUGUGCGUCGUACGGUGCCGGUGUGUUUUGGCCUUUACAGGUGACACCAUAGCCCCGUUUUCACCAAACACUCUUGGUAUAGUACCUUUGGAACCAAAAGUAACCCUUCAGACAUGUUAAGCAGACCCCCGGUCUGUUCAGUGUGUCUACCAUGAACAGUUCUCUUUAAUGCAGGGGUGGUUGUUGUCACUCACUGCUUUGUCCAGCAUUCGUUGUAUUUCCUCAUCACUGGUGACACAGGGGAUCUCGAGGCGCAGCCGGGGGGGAGGAAGGGGUCUGGUUUGGGGACCUCAGAAUUGCAUUUCUGCUUUUCGCAGAUGAUGUGGUUCUGUUGACUCCAUCACACCAUGACCUCCAGCAUGCACUGGGGCGUUUUGCAGCCGAAUGUGAAGCAGUUGGGAUGUCAGCACCUCCAAGUCUGAGGCCAUGGUUCUCUGUCGGAAACCGGUGGAUUGCCCUCUCCAUGUUGGGAGAGAGUUACUGCCUCAAGUGAGGGAGUUCAAGUAUCUUGGGGUCUUGUUCACAAGUGAGGGUAGAAUGGAGCGUGAGAUGGAUCGGCGGGUCGGUGCGGCUUCUGCAGUGAUGUGGGCGCUGCGUCGGUCCGUCAUGGUGAAGAGGGAGCUGAGCCGGAAAGCAAAGCUUUCGAUUUACUGGUCCAUCUACGUCCCAACCCUCACCUAUAGUCAUAAACUCUAGGUAGUGACCGAAAGAAUGAGAUCGCAGAUACAAGCGGUGAAAAUGAGUUUCCUCCGUGGGGUAGCUGGGCUCAGCCUUAGAGAUAGGGUGAGGAGCUCGGUCAUCCGGAGGGAGAUCGGAGUAGAGCCACUGCUCCUUCGCGUUGAAAGGGGUCAGUUGAGGUGGUUUGGGCAUCUUACUAUGAUGCCUCCUGGGCACCUCCCGCUGGAGGUGAACAGACUGCAAUGAGAGUGUCUCUUGGUGGGAUAUUUAAAAAUAGCAGGUUUGUGUAUUUAGUCCUUCUUACUGUGCAUUCUCACCAAAAGUGUCAUGAGCGUCAUAAGCGGCCAGCAGCCAUUCAUUUUCAAUAUAUGCUUGCUACGAAGGGCGUCUGGAGCGUUGGUGGCAGCAAGCAGCGCAAUGCCAGCGACCGAAGCAUCACUGUGAAGUUGAGAGAAGCUCGGCAAGCGCAGCGGGGAAGCAGCAGCCAAUUGCAGACCGUGAAUAUUCUCAAGGCGGGACAGUGAAAGAAAGAAAGAAAGAAAGAAAGAAAGAAAGAAAGAAAGAGAUCUUCUGCAGCGCAGCUUGAAAGCCCCGCCCCCUGGCAGCCUUCUGCAAGCCCUGCCAGAGCUGCCAGGCAGCACGAUGCCAGCGACCUGAGCGACCGCUUGCGCUCAUGAAGCUUUUGGUGUGAAUGCACAGUUAGGCAAGCACAGGGGUUUAGUGUUGCCAUGGAAACAUCGCUCCACAAUGUUUUUUUCCUCCAAAUGAGGAUAAGAAUAUAUGCAGUUCAUAUAUCAUCUGGUAAGAAUAAUAUAUAUCUUUAAUCACUUGAGAUACAGUCAUUACUAAAUGUGUAAGUCAUCCAAGAGAGACCAGAAAAACUAAUGGAAUGGUCAAAAUUGUCAUAUUGAAAGUUAAGCUUUAAGCAUUAGCUGAUGGACUCACGUCAUCAGCUCAUGCAUUGAGUAACAUUACAAGUAAAUGUUCCACCUUAAAAGUUGUCGGCAGUCAGCCCAGUGAGUUAUUAUGUUUUCUCAGUCUACAGCUGCUGCAAGAGGCAGCAAAACAUCCUUUCAUUUUAUAGCCCUGAGCAAGAGUACCCAUCCACUAUUAACCAGUCAGUGGAUUGCAGUGUUUCUAGCUCCGCCUUUUAGUACUAGAUCUGUGUGCUAGGUACGCCACCAGAGGGGUUACCAAAAAUGGAGACGGUAAGGAAGGUUCUAUUGGUACCAUCCACAACUUUUCACAGUGGAAACAGAUAAACAGAGUACCAAUCUGAACUGUACCAUAGUGGAGUGCUUGGUGGAAACAAGGCUUAUCAGCCGGCUUUUGAUGAGCUGAGACCAGAACUUUUCUCUGCAACGUUCUAAAACGGUUUUGUCUCAUCGCGAAUCUUUGGUCUGAACUGAGCUUUAUAAGUAACAAGAUGUAACCCUUACCAUUACCCUUCCCCUAACCUUAACUUUCUCUCUUUUAUCCUAAAACUUCAUUGCUAGCUAAAUGCUAACUUACCAUUUUCUUCAGGGUUUUGCAUCUGGACCAGUGAUUGGAGGGGGCUGAUCGCAUAGGUGUGGUGGGCGAGUCUUGGAACUGUUACAGCCACAGCAAUACCUACUCAAAACAAGCACCAAGUCCUGCACUUAUGACAUUGUUCUUGUCAGGGACACUUCAGGAUGCAUUGGCAUUUACACUACAAAAUAUAUGUUAUCAAAUAUAUCUGCAUGCACAAGUGUUUUUAGUGAUCAUAUCACAGUGUGUCUUGGUGAUAGUUUACACUUGUGUUAACCACUGUCCACUUUUGAUUGGAUCACCAAAGACACAUGUUAAUACCAGUUAUAAAUAGGUUCAGUCUGCAAUUAUCUUUUCAAAUUCAUAAUUCUCAGCGCAUUUCCUGUUGUCAUUGCCUGCUGUGCUUAUACACUGUCUAUGUUACACAUUGCAUGCCCUGUUGUCCUGUCAGUUUUUCUCUUUAACACAAAAUGGAGAAAACUAGCAACCUGUGCAGAACAGACACUAAUCAUGAACCAUUCGAAAAUAAAUCUAAAGAGGCAUUUUAAUUUCGACACAAUAAAUGGAAAAUUCUUAGACAAAGGUUUCUUCAUCUUAGAUUAGUUAGUUUGAAAACGUGAAAGCAAACUACCUGAGUGAAAUAUUACUUACAAAGGUUUCCUUGCUACCUUUAUGACAGAAUGUUUCUUUGAAGUUUUGAUCAUUCUUUAUCAUUGUUGUCACUGUAGCACUUUUAUUUUUGACUGCUGUCUGUACAUUUCUGUUUACUGUGUAAGUAACUGGAAUAUAUGCACUAAAGCAGGCUGAAAUCCCGUCACAGCCUGCCACUGAACUAGACCUCAGUAGUUCUAAGAAGAGUUUUUUCUCAGUGACCAUUUCAGUUCAUUCCAAGUUGGACAUACAGUAGCAUUUGUAACCAUUCUAACCACAGUAAAUACAUUGGCAUCGUUCUGCAUUCAUGAUAUGGAGUAUUAUUUUCACUGUCAUUCAAUUAAUUUAGUGUAGAGUGUGUUGGGGCUAACAGGACUGUAUGUUUGACAGUUCGGGAUAAUGUAGACUGUGUGAUGUCUUGUUAUGUCAGGGAAUUUCUAAACCACAAAAUCCUGUUUUAAUAAAAGUAAUGCAUAAAAUAUUUUAUGUUAGUCCUCUGCUAUCAGGUUUUCAGCAAUAUAGUAUGGUUUUGGUCCAUUGUCCUAGUAUAUUGUUUCAUCGCCCUAAAAGGGACUAAAAAUGUGACAUGGCACAAAGGCAAGUUAGAGGAAGUGGAAUUGUACCUAUGGUGAUGGACAUAAAGUCCAUGGGCUUUCAGGUUGAUCGAUUGUUAGCAACCAUGACAGCGCAUAUAUGUACAUCAAACAUUCCUGUUUUGUGUGUUGUUUUUGCUUUAUGUUUUAUUUAAGAGAUUAUUUUUAUACAAUUUUAUUUGUAUGAUUUGCUGCCUGUGCUGUGAAUGGUUCACUGUCAUUUAAUUGCAUUUCUAAAUGGUUAACAUUGUUUAUAGUCAAGGCAUUGCUCCCUUGUUGUUGUUAAAAAUUAUUUUGUUAUCCAAUCCAUUCUAAAUACUACACAUGGCAUGGCAGGUGGUGUGCAGAGUAUGAGAUAAAGAGAAACAGUGGACCAUACGUGGCCUACUGUGAAGCCAGACCUGAGGGACUGUUUGCCAGAUACUUUCUGUUUCCUAUGACUGAUGCAUAGAUCUAGGCAGUGCCCCGUGCUUGCUCAGGAAUUUGUAGUUUCUACAAAUGUGGAGAACUGGCACAUGGCAAAAAAAGCUACAGCCAUGGAACCAAAAAAAAAAGCAAAGAGACCUCUGUCUUGUGCCUUUAUUAUUGUUCAAUUAAAGGUCCUUCUGUUUAAUCAAACAUACAAA